GACAGUUUGCAAGUAUGGACGGCUCCAUCACUUCAGUGGGGUCCCUGACACAGGGUCCAGUCGCCGAGGUCAAGACCGGAGCAGCGAUGGAGAAGAAGGACUCCAGAGUUUCCUUCUCCAACGCCGCAACUAGUAAAGGACAGACUCCGAGUCAGCAGUCGAGAAAUUCAUUCACAUUUUCCAAAGCUGAGGAUGGCUCUCAGAUAGUUCCGGAUGAUGAAGACCUCAGGGGGAAUCAGACUUACAUGCAGCGGCAGUUUAGCUCCAUGCUUCAGCCUGGAGUUAACAAAUUCUCCCUGCGCAUGUUUGGCAGCCAGAAGGCAGUGGAGAAGGAGCAAGAGCGCGUAAAGUCAGCGGGUAAUUGGAUUAUCCAUCCAUACAGCGACUUCAGGUUCUACUGGGACUUCACCAUGCUGUUGUUCAUGGUGGGAAACCUGAUCAUCAUCCCCGUGGGCAUCACCUUCUUCAAAGACGAGACCACGGCUCCCUGGAUCAUCUUCAACGUGGUUUCUGACACCUUCUUCCUCGUCGACCUGGUGCUGAAUUUCAGGACCGGCAUCGUGUUCGAGGACAACACCGAGAUCAUCCUCGACCCCAACAAGAUCAAGAAGAAGUAUCUGAAGAGCUGGUUUGUGGUGGACUUUGUCUCGUCCAUACCUGUGGAUUAUAUCUUCCUCAUCGUGGAGAGAGGGAUGGACUCGGAGGUGUACAAGACGGCCCGGGCGCUGCGCAUUGUCCGCUUCACCAAAAUCCUCAGUCUGUUGCGGCUGCUGAGGCUGUCCAGGCUCAUCCGCUACAUCCACCAAUGGGAGGAGAUCUUCCACAUGACCUAUGACCUGGCCAGUGCUGUGAUGCGGAUUUUCAACCUGAUUGGUAUGAUGCUGCUGCUGUGUCACUGGGAUGGCUGUCUCCAGUUCCUCGUCCCCAUGCUGCAGGACUUCCCGUCAGACUGCUGGGUCUCCCUCAACAAGAUGGUGAAUGACACUUGGACCGAGCUCUACUCCUUCGCCCUCUUUAAGGCCAUGAGCCACAUGCUGUGUAUUGGAUAUGGAAGACAAGCCCCGGAGAGCAUGUCCGACAUCUGGCUGACCAUGCUCAGUAUGAUCGUGGGAGCCACCUGCUACGCCAUGUUCAUCGGCCACGCAACCGCACUCAUCCAGUCUCUGGACUCCUCCAGACGGCAAUACCAGGAAAAGGCACCUGACCCCAACAACCAAAACGUCAAUGCAAGCUGUCGAUACCGCACCAAAGCCAUCCAAGANUCAUUGCAGAUCUGUCUGCUGACCCGAGGCAGACGGACGGCCAGCGUGCGAGCGGACACCUACUGCCGCCUGUACUCGCUCUCUGUGGACAACUUCAACGAGGUGCUGGAGGAGUAUCCCAUGAUGAGGAGGGCCUUUGAGACGGUUGCCAUUGACAGAUUGGACAGGAUAGGCAAGAAGAAUUCAAUCCUGAUGCACAAAGUACAGCAUGACCUGAACUCAGGGGUCUUCAACAACCGCGAGAACGAGAUGAUCCAGGAGAUAGUUAAAUAUGACCGGGAGAUGGUUCAGCAGGUUGAUGUUCCACGGCCGCGGGCCAUGUCCAUGACGCCUCCUCUCCACGGCAGUAUCUUUGAUUCUCCGAGCUCCUCCUCGCGUCCUCAGAAUUCAGCGAUCGCCACUCUGCAGCAGGCCGUAGCCAUGAACUUUUGUGCCCCUGUGCAAGGUAACUCGAUGGGAGGGGGGACCCUGCAGUCGCCCAGGAUGGUGAGGAGAUUCCAGGUGCUGGAGAGUGUGCCCAGCCCAGUUUCAGCCUCUCCCCUGCAGUCUCAGUUCCUCCCUGCAGGUGCCUUCGCCUCCGCCCUGGCCAGCCCCUCGGUCCAGAGCCCGCUGGCACUCGGAAGACGAUCUUUCCAGUUCGGCUCCAGCAUGGCCGGCCCCCCCUCAGGCUCCCAGCUCUCUCUGACCCAGCAGCACAUGGCCAGCCCCGCACACCGGCCCAGCUCACACGAGAGUACUCAUUCCCUGCAAAUGGGCGUUUUAAACCAAGACGCCAGGGCACUGUCAGCCUCUCAGCCCUCACUGCCUCACGAGGGGGCGCAACAAGGUGCCCCAAGCCCCCCCCAGUCCACAAGAGUCUCCUCCACUUCUAUUGGCCCACCUCAGAUAACAUCGGGUCACACAGGGCUACGUAGCGCUAUACCACAUAGGGUGGUGCUGCCCCACCAGAUGUCUGUGGGGGCUUUCCCUGCAGUAUCCCUGCCUGGGUCUACGCAGGGUUUUGGGGCCGGUGCAGGGCUGGCAGUAGGGGGUGCGGUAACAGGUCUGGGGGACUCGGGGCUACCCAAGAAGGACCCUAUCGGGAGCCUUCCUGAGACAGACCACAUCAAUGUCAGAUCCAGGCUUUCCUCAAACUUGUGA